AGAAAUCCAAUUGACUUGAACAUUCGAAGAUGGUCAAUGAAGAAUGCCCUCGUCCUGUAAUACUCUAGCUAGCUCGAGAAGUGAAGUAAAGCUGACCAUCACCAAACGCCACAUACGGCCACAAGAACCAAGGGGCAACCUGUCGGUACGGUAUGCUGGAACAAUCACAGGAGUUCAACUACGCAAAGUGAUUGAUCGAGCCACACAUGAACGGCAACAGAAAAGAUCUUGAGAACUGGGACAUCAAAGGGUUCCAGUUUCGAGAGUUGAUCCACGAGGGGACAUUUAUAUACAUUUACAGAGCGUUCCAACACAGUCUGAGCCGCUACGUGGCAGUUUACACACUCUCCCCGAGCACUCGCCACGACCGGGAUUGUCAACGAGCCAUUGAACGGGCCGCCGAAAUCCAAUCCAAGUACGAGCACCCCAACAUUGUCCCUGUGGUGGACUGUGGCCAUCACCAAGGCGUACCAUACAUUGUCACACAAUGGAUGUCGGGGGGCUUGCUGCGAGAUUACCUGUGGCAGAAACAACAGGGAGGGCAAGAACACUUGUCGCCUCAGGAAAUGGCUGGAAUUAUCAAGCAGAUUGCAAGUGCUCUACACCAAUUGCAUGUCCAGGGAGAAAUACAGGGCGACCCAUGCACGAGCAACAUUGCAAUGGAUCGUUGGGGAAAUGCAUACAUAUCUGAUUUCAUGAAGCGUGCCUUUGAUGAGACGUACCCCACUGGAAAUGGUCAGCUUCAUGGAAUGCCCUCGUACAUGGCUCCCGAGCGAUGGCGUCACAGACCUUCCAACGCGCUGACGGACCAGUAUGCCUUGGGAGUGAUUGCCUAUGAGGUUGUUACCGGGAGGACCCCUUUUGAGGAUGCCCAGUCCUCAGAAGAACUACGAAACUUGCAUUUUUCCAGACCAAUCCCAUCUCCACAGCUGUUCCGGUCCACUCUAUCGGACAGCGUGUCUGCCGUCCUGGAAAAGGCAUUGGCCAAAAAUCCUACCCAACGAUACUCGACAACACUCUCCUUUGCGCUGGCAUUUGAAAAUGCCAUUAUGGAUACCCCCACAGAGAUUUUCAUUUCCUACAGCCGAAAGGAUUCUUCCUACAAGAACAAACUCAAGGCGGAUCUUGUGGCGAACGGAUUUCAAGUGUGGACGGACGAGCAAAUUGCACACGGAGAACAAUGGUUCAACGAAAUCAACGAGGCAAUACGUCACUGUGCUGCCGUGAUUGUCCUAAUGACAACGAGUGCCGAAUUAUCGGAAUGGGUUCAAAAGGAAGUUCUGCUUGCUAAGCGGUACCGCAAGGCGAUCUUUCCCAUUCUGCUGGAUGGAUCGGAAUUCCCAAUAUUGAUUGACACACAAUUUGAAGACGCAAGGGAUACUCAUUCCAUGCCAAGUCCCGAUUUCUAUCGUCGUCUUUCUCAAAAGGUGUAUGGGACGUGUGAUGAGAUGGCUGCCCGGGGAACGUCGUGAUCAUGCUACUGAACGCCCAAACAACGACCGUACGUCUUGACAAAGAGGUCCAGCAAAUAAGUAGACGACAUCGGUCCACGAUACCGGUAUCCAGCGUUUGAGAGCCAGAUCUUCAGCACGAUCUCCGCUGGGUAACUGAUGAUUGAAUGAUUCGAUGCCACCGUUGUCAAAGUUCCAGAAAAGUGAGGCUGUGUAUAGUCGGAUCGAACAAAUGGUCCUUGGCAGGGUGGCACCGGUUCAACCGCUCUGACGAUGGGAGACCAUGUACUUCAAGAGGACGUGAUACAGCGUACAGCUGCGCUGAGAUCGCGCUCUUCCACUUUGACUGACUAAUAUGAAACUACGGGCGCCUUCAUGUCGAUCCAUCGAGCGAUGGUUGGCUUUGUCUAUCCUGCUUGACUUCGUACUGGCGGAGAAGAUCAGGGGAAAGCUGUCUAGCUAAAGGACGGAGAAGCAGUGAAUCUGGAUGUCACUGCAUUGUGUCGUACCAAAUACAUAUAGGGUUGAACUCUAGUACUCAUGAUGCCAAAUUGUUUGAACACUGCAGUCGACACUCUGUUUUGUGCCACUGAAAAAGCAGGCCGUCCGGUGCUGGCUAUGGACGUGUAGUAGUCUCUGCGGGCGAUCAUAGAUGAUGUUGCUGCCAGCUAGGUUCCCGAACCCGUGGCUCGGGGUGCAUCCGGCCCUGUUCUGACAUCAAACAGGCAGUGCAGAUUUGGCACUGCUGGCAUGGCAACGGGGAGAACCAUCAGCUCCCUUGAAUGAUCUUGUGUUGUGUUGCAAGUGUACUUGUGGGAAGGAAAAUCAAUCCUGAUCCUCCUUUUCCUUCAGAUCCAACUCCAUGUAGAUUGAUUCAUGCCCCAGCCACGUCCAACGAGGAUAGAGUGUUUUGUAGCCACGUUGCAACCAGAAUGGUUUUGACUUGACAUUUCCCACGAGAAUUCGAAUGGAUGAAGCUCCCAUCUCACGAGCCUUGGCUUCCGCCUUGGAUGCUAACCGAUCCCCCCAUCCCAGACGUCGAAUGGAAGGGGCAAUCGUCAAGUGACUGAUCCAAAAUCUCCAUUCAC